GCUACAAAGUAUUUUAUUUCAUUUUUCCCUUCUUCAUAAAAUUUUGUCACCUGCAAGUUCAACCCCUCUGUCACUGCGGUUUGAAUUUUGCUAUCAUCAGUAAAACUCUUUGCCUCAAACCACUUCUUUAUGGCAUCGAACAUACGGUAAUCAAAAGAAGCUACGUUCGGGCUGUAAUGAGAGUAAUUUGUACCGUCCCAUUUCAUUUACCUAGAAAUAUUUUGCAUUUACAGAGUACUGUGAGGAUUAACGUUACCAUACAGCUAUAGAAACUCCAAUCUCAACAUUCUACGAUGUGUGUUCUAGGUGACUCUUUUCUGUUAUUUAUUAUUUAUGAUUUUUUUUCCAUCAAUAUUAUAUAUCGUUGAGUAUCGUUAUAAUGUUGGUGCUUUUUUUAAUAUUACAUUAUAAUAAAAUUGCGCUUCGCAAUUCGAUUCCGAAAAAUUGACAAAUUAUUGAAAGUAACUAGGAACAACCAUAUAAAUAAGGUAAUGUGAUCCUAUAAAAAAAUUUAUUUGGAAAUGUGGUUUCGUAUUUUAAAAGAUAGCACAGUUACAUUAUUUUACUCGAAAAAUGAAACACGUGUUUUAAAAUCAUGCACAAUACUAAUCAUAUUUUUCACACCGCGUGAAUCCACAUUAAACUAUGAUUCAAACAUUAGAACAGUUUUUUUAAAUUAUGUUGUUUUCAUGAAAAGUUUUCUGAGGUUGCUGUUACUAUAAUUAUUACCCAAAGUGGUAACGAAAUGGACAGCGUUUACAAAACUGACGUUAAAAUGGAUUCUUCUGUCAGGCAAACUUCCGAUGUCGACUUUCAGCAAAAAGACAAAUAUAAUGUCAUUAAAAGUAUCCUUGAAGCUCAUGACGAUGGUAAGGAAGUAGUUGUAGCUGAAUACGCUGGAUCACUUGAAAUUAAGCAGUUCCAAGCUAUCGAAUCCGAAGAAGAAUCAAAAGACGUACGUAAUGUUACUUCGUCACCAAAAGCUAAACAAAACGUAAUCAAGAAUGGUCUUGCUGAGCAUAUACUUACCUCUAAUGAGUUCAGCCAUGAAUAUGACGAUAAGUGUAGUCAAGAACUAAACAAAUCUGAUAAUAAUUUGGAAAGCCAAGACAUUGUAUAUAUCCCAUCGUCCGGUUACCAUCGUUUAAAAUCUCCGAAUUACAAAGAGGAUGAGGAAGCUUAUUUUGAAUGCAACGAAGCGGUAAAACUAUUUGAAGAAAGUGAUCAUUCCAGCAGCAAUUCAUCGCUGUCUUCUUGUGAUGCUUCUUUUUCACAUUCAGAGGAUGAAAAUGACGAUACGAAGAAAGGUAGCAUCCAAAGUACUUCAAGUAACGGAAUUGCCUAUGAGUACAAUGGCUUGCUACAAAACGCAAAAAUGCCAGCACCAGAAACUAAGCUAAAUUCCGAAAACAUUCUAAUGAAAGAAAACAACAAAGAAACUAGCGUUUCUCCAAACCAAAAUGAUAUAAAAACAGCAAAGGAAGUUUUUCUACAAAAAAGUGCUGAAAUGGGCAAUCAAGUGUCUCUAACAAACGAUGAAGAUAAAAAUCGAUCCUAUUCUCAAAAUGGUGCAGAAUCGGUUAAAAGUUGCAACAAGGCAGCCGCAUUACACAAACCUCGGUCUGCUAUGGCAACUAAAUCUGACAAAAGAAGCAAAGAUAAAGCUGCUGGAAGUGCAAAUUGUAAAUCAACUGAUAAUAUCGCUUUUGUAAAGCAAAAUGAAGAAAAAACAACUUAUAAAACCACAUUUCAUAAAUCUCACUCUCUUAUGGCAAUUAAUCCAGCCAAAACUUUCAGAAACGCUACUGAAAACAUGGAAUUUAUAAAGCCAGAUGAAGAAACCGCCGCUAAAAUCAUGAACCGAGUAGAGUUUUAUUUCACUGACUUCAAUAUUUUGAAAAAUAACUUUCUCUUAAAACAUACUCGCAAAAACAAAGAAGGGUACAUUAGCUUGAAAUUGGUGACUUCUUUUCGAAAAGUGAAAGCGAUUACUAAAGAUUGGCGAGUCGUAGCUUACUCUUUGGCCAAUUCUAAAGUACUGAAACUGAAUUCUGAAAAAACGAAAGUGCGUCGAAUUGAGCCAAUACCAAAAAUAGAAGAUACAAGUUUCGGCAAGACUGUUCUUGUUUUCAACCUCCCUUUCCAAAACCCAUUUUCUGAACAACUCAAAGAACUGUUCGGCAAGUUUGGUAAUGUCGUAUACGCCGAAAUUAUGACAACAAAAUCUAAAAAUUACAAUUUAUAUCACAAAAAGUGCUUGUUUUUCAACCGUGAUAUAGCUACUGCUACAUUUGGCGUGGUAGAGUUUGAAAAUUACAAGGAUGCACUGAGCGCAUUGAAAGAUGAAGAUGGUUAUUUACCGAAAGAAAAUGAAAUGACUGUGGUUCCCUUGGUCGCCAAAUAUUACAGAUUCAAACCGAAGACAUCUUUUAGAUACAAAUCAACCAUAUCAUAUCCUAAAAUGUCUUAUGGUAAAUAUUACCCCAAAUCCGAAUACCCUCCUGAUAUUUACGCUGUGAAUGAACCAAAUGGCAACCAAUACGGAAAGUAUUAUCACUAUAACCAACAAGCGCCAAGGAGCAACUAUGCAUAUAGAGCUAAUUACGGGUAUUAUUCACAUCAGUCAGAUCCACGCAAUUAUUACAGCAAACAAAAUAUGGUCGCCAACAAUUAUUCAACUAGCAAAUUUCCUUCGAAAAAUUCGAAUAACAAUGGUAAGUACUCGGAAUAUCGACGCCAAAAUAGACACCUCAAAGCUAAUACUAGUAUGAAUAUAGAUAAGCGUUUGGCCUCUGCUGAUCGUAAAAAUUGAGCUAAUUAGAAACUAAAAAGUGUUAAUGCGACUUCCUUAGGUUAAAAUUUUUAAAGCUUUGCUUCAAUUUAUUAUUUUUUUUUCUUAUAAGAAUUAUCUCGAUACAAGAAAGUUGUGCUUAACCAAUGUAAGGAAUAUGUUAAAUUUAAUUCUAACUAAAUUGCUGCUAAUACUUCGAAAUGAUGAAAUUCAAUUUUAGCAUAUAGUGUGUUCCAUAAUGACUGGUUUCGUAUUAUAUUGUGGUCCUA